UACCUGUGCGCCAAAACGCCGACAUCGCCUCACCUGGGCCGUCUGCGAGAGAUGAAAUAUGAUGAGGAUAUUCUUGUUCUGUACACAUUUUUCGACGAAGGGAAGAAGCAACAGAGCUGAGCUGAGAAAAAGUUUCAGACAGAAAAUAAAAGAAGCUCCAAGGACAAACAGGUGUCUUCACUGAAUUGCCAUCCCACCAUGUUGUAAUAUUCGUGGGGUUACCCAAAAGAUUGUGAACUACACUUUGAGCUGCUAACCUCCUCAACUAUUCUGCACCUGCGGCAGCUGCUCUCAUGGCCCAUCCAUAUGAGCCUUGGUUACGGACAGCACCACCUAGUGGCAGCUCAGAAGACAUGAACAUCCCCUCCUGGUGGGACCUCCACAGAGACGUCCAACCGGGGAGCUGGAUCGACCUUCAGACAGGCCAAGGGGUGGGCUUACCUUCAGUGAACCAGGGGAGCUCCAUGGGGUUGCAGCCAUCUUUAGGACCCUAUGGCUCUGACCCUCAGCUAUGCACUCUGCCCUCUGCGCAACACGCUCCACCCUCACACUCAUCUCACCUCUACCCUCACGACGGCUUUAAGAUGGAGCCAAUGGCCCCUGACAUGCUGCAGCAAGAACCGUACUCCCUAGAGGAACCGCAGGAAAACCCAGUCACUGCCCGGCCCAAGCCCCAGCGUCGCUCCUCCUCUAGGGGUGCGGGCCAGGCGGUGUGUCGCUGUCCCAACUGUGUCCACGCCGAGCAGAUGGGCCAGAGCACAGAAGACAGCAGAAGGAAGCACAUGCAUAAUUGCCACAUACCUGGCUGUGGCAAAGCCUACGCCAAGACCUCCCAUCUGAAGGCUCACCUGCGAUGGCACAGUGGAGACCGGCCGUUUGUGUGCAACUGGCUCUUCUGCGGCAAACGAUUUACACGGUCUGACGAAUUGCAGCGCCACCUACAGACGCACACCGGAGCUAAAAAGUUCAGCUGCGCAUUAUGCCCGAGAGUGUUUAUGCGCAACGACCACCUGGCCAAACACAUGCGCACACACGAGUCCCCUCCAGGACAUGGAGAGGAGAGAGUGAACGGAGACGGGAGGUUGGAGAAAGGCUUUGAAGCUGCUGCACCUUCUCAGUCCUCUUCAAACGUGUCUGAUGGCACAGAGCCUCCGCUGAAGCUCAAAUGUGAGGCAGACCCCUCGGCCUCAAGUGUGACGGGGCAGUCCGGCUAAUUUCAGAAGAAUAUUUUUGCAAAUUAAAGGUUUCAACAUUCAUUGACCUCUCUUACAUAGAGGUGCCAUAGUUUUACAAUAGAAUAGAGAAUAGCAAACAGGUGCGGAGGAACUUUUACUGAUAAAAGUUGGAUUGAGCAGAACGUGUUUGCCUGAUGUCCUGUGAAUCUAUUAAGUGGGUUAACUCAGUUGGCAACUUUAUGUAAUAGCUCACAGAAAAAGAAAAAAAAAAGCAUUUUACCGAUUCUGUGGAUAAAACUUUGAAAGGUGACUAUACGGAGGCAACAAUGCUGAAACUGCAGCAUGUUGCAGGACUACCAUUGCUGCUAGAGCCACCAAGUAGACGGAGAGACGAGUCCAUGGUCACCUGAAGGUGACUUUUAAUUUGUUUACAGUGGAAUUAAUUAAAUAUGUAACUGGAAGAGUUGGACAAAUAUUAGUCUUCUUCCAUUUCAAAGGCAGCAUGCUUUUGAAUGGAGCCCGACUGAGUGUCACCGUACGUGUGUGACCUGCACAAGUUGAUGAUGACGAGACACUGAAUUACUAAAGAACAUUGUGUCAUUAUAAAGGUCUGUAGCACUUCGAAAUGUUGUCGGUUCAUUCCACGAAACUGGGUGUGUAUCUAAGUUGGUAUGUACUUAAUUGAGAUGGUACAUAGAAACAAUGAAAGUAGAAGUGACAAUAAGGCUGUGCUUAAGGAAACAUGAUGACUAAAAGAUGUAAUGCUCACAUUAUAAUAUAAUAUCAAAUAAUAUUCUAUCAAAUAAAAAUAAAUGGGAAAAUAGAUGCACUACUGAUGCUAGUAUUUACCAAACAUGGAGUGUUUUAGUUUUGACACGUCAAAGUUAAUGUUCAUACAUCUGGAGAAUGUGAACGCUGGUCUGUGUUACAAGCAAUGCAUAGUAGCAUUAAGUGAAACAAUGAUGUGAAAAGGGUCAACUUACAGAUCAAGAGCCAUUAAUACCAGCACUUGGUGUUCUCCACUUACACAAGCAGGUAACAACAAAAACUUAAAAAGGGGCAAACGUGGAGAGCAAAUGCUGCCUGGUCAACUGAAUUCUGGUUUGUGUUGAAGGUGAUUAGAUUUGACAUUUACACAACUCCACAAAUCCUCUGUGUCAACAUUGCAGGCUCCUGGUGCUGAAUGAAACGUCCAGAGAGGUAGUUUUCACCAGUGGCAUUUUGCAGUGCAAACAUUUAAAGCUGCAAUAAAACUUUUUUUAAUUUUUAUUAUUUGUAUAUUAAUCGAAUUACUCGCCAAUUUAAGAUUUUUAUGGCCAGGCAUCAAGAAAUUAGGAGGAAGUUUUUGUAUUUUAAGAAUAAAGUUGAAUUUUGUAAUUCUGCAUAAGCACCAGCUAAUACUUAAUGUUCCCAUCAUCUCAUGGCAAAACUUUUCAAAUGUUGCUAUAUUUAAGCUUAUCUUCAGUGCAAAGUCAUAAUGAUGCUGAUAAGAAUAAUGAUAAAUUAUUACCUCCUUUAUUUAUGUCUUUGAAACUAAUGCUGGAGUUGUCUAACUUUAUUCUCGAUAUUUUAGCUUUAUUUGUAACAUUUCAACUUUAUUCUCAAAAUCAUCUUCCUCCUCUAGUGUCUUUUAUAUGUCAGGUCUUAUUGAUGCCAAAGAAUAAUAACUGCAGCUCCUCUCACCCCUCAUGAGUAUGCACAAAAUGUCAAAUAGGGUACCUUACAUGUAUGCAUUAGCAUUAUUAAACAGUUCUUCACAAGUCGUUACAGUUUGCAGCAGAUUGGCUAUCACUCUACACGUUUUCUUAACAAUUUGUUAGUUUGUUUGCUGUUUUAAAGGUUCACUUACAAAGAAGAAACAUUGAACAAAACACAUUUUAAACAUUACAACCAUUUGGCUCUUUAUUAGCGUGCAGAUAAAGUUGAAUAAAGUGCAGUUGAGA